AUGUCCAAUUUUCAAAAAUAAAGAGAAUAAUAAUUUGAAGAGGACUUAGAAAAGUUUAUAAUUUAUUUUACUGGAUUUGUGGUAAGAUAGUUAUAAAUAUUAAGCCAUCUUAAAAAAAUUUUGAAAUAGCUCAUAAAUAUGCAAGUUCAAAUUUGAAAUAUCAUACAUUCCUAGAUCCUGAUGCUCAUCAAAUAUAAAGUAAAUUUAAAGAGUAUAAUUUAAAUAUUCAUUAUUGAUAAGCAUUUUGAUAAAAUUGUAAGUCAUGAGUAAACCAGAUACUGCAGAUUACUUAAAUACCUUAUUUGAAGAAUUGAAGAAACGAAAAUUAAAAUAAGACUAUAAUGAUAUGCCACAACGAAUAUUAGGAUUAUUAUUACUUCUAAGUUCUAAUUUGAUUGAACACAAUUUGAAUCGAGAGCCAAAUAAAAAUAUUUUAAAAGGAAGAUAAUAAGAUAAUAUAUCUAUUUCUAGCAUAGAAGUAAUUAUUAUAUUUAAGUUUUACAGUCACUAAAGGAUUGGAAAUUCGAGACAUCUUCAGAAGAAGAAGAUGAUGAAGAAUAAGAUAAUAGGAAAGAAUAAAUUUAAAUUAAUUAAAAAUAAAGUGAAAUUAAAAGAGAUGUUAAAGAAAUUGAAUAAUAAAAGUAAACACUUACAUCCUCAAAAGAUUAAUUACCUAAUGUAUUAUGGCAUAUGAGUUUUAAUACUAAAAAGUCAUUUAAUGAAUUUUUAAGUUCUUCUGAAACUUCUAUUUAAAUAAAAUCUUCUUAAUUAUUUUUAUCAGAAAAUUAAAAUAAAUCAUAAGAAAUUCUCAAAAAGCCAAGAAUUAUAAAGUAACAAUAUUUAUUUAGAUUAGUAUGAUAAUAAAUGAAAGAGAUGUUGUAAUUGCUGUUUUAUAUAGUUUUUUAGGAUUACAAAGUGAAUUAUUAACAUUUUCUUCAGGUUAAUAUUAAUUAACUGAUUUUGAUGUUCGUCAUAUGAGUCAUGAAAGUCUUCUUAGUAGUACUUAAAAGUUUUUGGAAUAUGCAACUAUAGUAUGUCAUUUAAAAAGACCAUUACAAAUGAUAUAAAAACCAUGUCUACUAAAUAUAGAGAUUUUAAUAUAAGAAUAGUUUUGGUUAGGUGUAAGAUCUAUCUUAAGUGAAUUUGAUUAAGUUGUGACAACUUUAUUAGAAUAAUCUAUUUAUGAUGAAAAAUUAUGUUCACAACAAAUAGAUCGUUCUAUCACUCUUUUAUAUUUAAACUAAAGUUUAUAAGAUUGGUUUAUAAUCAUAAAAUAAAUUAAUAUUGUUGCCCAAAAGAUAUCAACAAUUGAAGGAAAUAUUGGAACAUUUAAUUCACCAACAUUAACUAUUUUAUAUAAUUUAUGCAUUCAAAAUUCACUAUAACCUCAACAUACAUAAGUCUAUCUUUAGAAAUUAUUUUUAUAUGCUUUGGAACCAUACAUUAAAUUAUUAGAUAAAUAUUUAGAUUAUAAUUCAACAAUUACUGAUUCCUUUGAAAAUCUUCCCAUAUUUUUAUAAAAUUGUUCUAUACAAUUAAAGAAUAUAGGUUAAGCAUUUUAAAUUUUUCAAAAAGUUGGAUUACCAGCUUUAAAAUAAAUCUAAUUUAGAAAAAAUCUCAUUAUGAGAUUAUGUGAAGUAUCCGAAACUUCUCCUUAAAAGUCAAUCGAAACUACUUUAUAAUAUUGUACGCUAUCAGGAGGAUAUAAAUUCCAUGAACCUUUUACAUUAACUAAAUUAAAAUAGAGAGAAACUUAAAUUUAAGAAAAAGAAUCCUAUUCUAUUAAAGACAUUAAUAAUACUAAUUUAAUUAAAGUAUUUUAAAAAGAAAUUGUCAAACUCAUUAAAAAAGAAGAUUAAAAUAUAUAAAAUAUUCUAUUAGAUUAUCUUAAUAAUCAUUUACAUUUUGUUAAAUUACAUAAAUAUUUAAGAUGCUUAUUUUUUUUUGAAAGAGUUGAUCUUAUGUAACAAUUUAUAUAAUAAAUUGCUGAAUCUUAAUCUCUAGCUAGAUUAAGAGCUAUCUAAAAUACAAUUUAAGAUUUAUUAGGUAAGAAUUUUAAUUUUUAAAAUGCCUAUGAAUUACAACCAUAAUUAAUUUGUUAAUAGAAUUCCUAAUUUUUAUUGUCUCAUAAAAGUGUCAACUUUAAAAUAUUCCUACCUCAUCCUAUUGAUUUAAUCAUUAAUGAAAAUGCAUUAAUAUUAUACAAUAAAAUUAUGUAGUUUCUCUUAUUUUUCAAAAAUUCAAAAUUACAUCUGCAAUAAUCAUUAGUGAAUCUUAAAAAAAGAUUCAAAAAUUUUUUGUCAAAGUUUCUUCAUUUUGGAAAUUAGUUGACACAUUUUAUUACUAAUUAUGAAUAUUUCCUAUUUAUAUCAAUUCUUUAAGUUCAAACUGAUUUAUUUUUGGAUAAAGUUAACAAAAGUUAAAGUUUCUAAGAGAUUAUUGAUAAUCAUAACUUAUAUCUAAAAACAAUAUCUGAUAAGAUGUUUCUCAAUUAGAAAGUAAAUUUUAUUUAAAUUUUUAGUCCGAAUCUAUUUUAGAUGCUAUAUACAAAGUUAUUGAUAUUGUCUAAAAUUAUCCUAUGUUAAUUGACCGAGUUACUUCAUUAGAUUUAGUUGAUUAAAUUACAAAAAAGAUAGAGACCAUGAGAAUAGAAAAUGAAUUUACAAAAAUGAAAGAUUCCUUUAAUUAACAAAUCUCAGCUUUAAUUUUACUAUUUGAUCAUUACACCUAAAGAUUUACCCAUGCUCCUGAAAGUAAAAAUAAUUUUUUUAUUUUAGUUAUUGAAUGUAUUUUGAAGGUUAAUUUUAAUUAGUUUUACAAAUGA